UGGCUUUUAUUUUAUUGCACGGUGGUGAGUGGUGAGUGGUGAGUGAUGAUUUUAUGCAUAGAGUUGCUCAUAACUUUACAUUAAAGGAGUGACAAGAAAGAGAUAAGAUCAGCGUUAAUGGACGGUUCUGUGACUUCUGUCUCUCCAAAAUUGGGUUCAAAGGAAGAAUCAGCGCUCAAACCAACUGAAACUCAGGCAUCCAAAAGAAGGAAGGUUGUUGUCGAGAGGACUGUUGUGACAGUGAAGGUAGGAGAGAAUGGUGGAAAGGUCAAGAAUGAAGGGCCGCCUUCCGAUUCAUGGUGUUGGAGGAAAUAUGGGCAAAAACCCAUCAAAGGGUAUCCUUAUCCGAGGGGUUAUUACAAGUGCAGCACAUCAAAAGGAUGUUCGGCCAAAAAACAAGUCGAGAGAUGCAAAACGGAUGCUUCAAUGCUCAUCAUCACUUACACAUCCACUCACAACCAUCCAGGCCCUGAUCUCAAUCCCAAAAACCGAACACGCUCACCGAAAGAACCCGAAAACAACGACGAUGACAACGAUGAUCGGACUCAAGUUUCACGAGAAGAAGUGAAGGACGGAUGUGAGGAGGAGCAUUUCCAGUAUCUGCAAUCCUCCCCAUUAAGGAUCAACCAAGAAGAUCCUUUCAUUGGGAAUCUAGAGAGAGCGUUUCUGGUGGAUGAAGAGCCACUCUCUUCUUCAUGUCCACGUAUAAAGGCAUCAUCAUCAUCAUCAUCAUCUUCAACACCAGACGAAAAUGAUUUCUUUGAUGAGCUUGAAGAACUGCCCAUAUGUUCAGCUUUCACUAGUUUCAUGAGAAGCAAGUUUUUCGAUGAAGGGAUUCCUGUUGUCCCUUCUUGAUCCAAGUGUUUAUAGAAAAACAUGCAAAUUUAGAUGUUCAUACUGUCAUUUUCUAGUGUUUUUCCUCUUUCAUCUUUGUAUGUGGGUUCACAAAAUGAGAAAGUUGGAUGAGUGUGGCAUGGAAAGUUUGUGAAA